AUGGUGUCUGCACCAGGAAAAGUCAUUGUCUUCGGUGAGCAUGCUGCCGUGUAUGGUAAGCCAGCCAUUGCCGCAGCCAUCUCUCUCAGAUCUUAUCUCCUCGUCACCACGCUCUCCAAGUCCCAACGCAUCGCCAAACUGAAUUUCAGAGACAUUGGGUUGAAUCAUGCGUGGAAAAUCGACACUCUACCAUGGGAUGUUUUCCACCAACCUUCCAAGAAAAGGUUCUAUUACUCCCUCGUCAACUCCCUCGACCCGGAAUUACUCGAUGCCAUCAUACCGCAUGCAGAGGCGGUGUCGAAAGACCUUCCGGAGAAGCAGCGAAAAAUCCAUGUACGAUCUGCGACCGCAUUUCUCUACCUCUUCCUCUCCUUGGGCUCCCCGGAAAGUCCUGGAUUCAUCUACACUCUUCGAUCUACCAUCCCAAUUGGCGCUGGUCUGGGCAGCAGUGCCAGUGUUUGUGUCUGCUUGAGUGCAGCUCUGCUCAUUCAGAUACGCGCCCUUGCAGGACCUCAUCCUGAUCAGCCUCCCGAGGAAGCCGAGAUACAGAUUGAGCGCGUUAAUCGCUGGGCAUUCGUGGGCGAGUUGUGCACACAUGGAGACCCUAGUGGGUUGGACAAUACGGUCUCUGCGGGUGGAAAGGCCGUGGUUUUCCAAAGGAACCCCUCCGGAUCAUCAUCGGUCACUCCUCUCACCAAGUUCCCGAAACUACCACUCCUUCUCGUUGACACGCGACAACCCCGCUCAACAGCUAUGCAGGUGGAAAAAGUAAGAACAUCAAAAAACAAUCACCCUGUGUUGACAGAGAUGAUCCUGGAUGGAAUUGGCCAGUUUACAGCUUCUGCACUGGAGCUCAUUUCGUCCGCUGAUUUUGAUGGCAAUGGCACCUCCGAUUCUCUCGAACACCUUGGAACUUUGAUCCGUAUGAACCACGGAUUCCUGGUUUCAUUAGGGGUCUCUCACCCCCGUCUAGAGCGUAUCCGCGAGCUUGUGGAUUAUGCGGAUAUCGGCUGGACCAAACUCACUGGAGCUGGAGGUGGUGGAUGUGCUAUCACACUCUUCCGGCCAGGCGUCAAAGAUGAAACUAUCAAAGAGCUAGAGCGGAAGUUCACUGCAGAAGGAUUUCAGAAAUACGAGACUAUCCUAGGUGCCGACGGGGUCGGGGUGCUUUGGCCCGCCGUGCUCCGAAACGGCACGAAUGGAGGAGGGGGUGGUGAAGAGAUUGAUCAGGAAAGUUUUGAAAAUGCUGUCGGUGCUCAGGGUAUCGAACAACUGGUCGGAGUGGGGUUGCACGGAAACCGGGAAGGAUGGAAGUUCUGGACGCGAGCUGUUGUCUGA